GCCAGCUGAGAACACAGACUUCUAUUACGAUAAAGAGAGAGAGAUGGCUUCUUCUUCUUCUACUUUCAUGGGAUUGAUUGUAGUUGUCGUUGUAGCAGCUUUGCUUCAGUGCACUGCGGCGGCAACCUACACUGUUGGUGACACCACCGGAUGGACGAUCCCCUCAGGAGGUGCUCAAUUCUACCCCAAUUGGGCCGGCGGCAAGACGUUCGUCGUUGGCGACAUUCUCUCCUUCAAUUUCAGCCCUCAAGGCCACGAUGUUGCCACAGUGACGAAGGCACAGUACGAUGCCUGCACUGCACCCUCCGAGGGUAAUAUCAUAAGGACGAGCCCAGCAAACAUCACUCUCAGCACUGCCGGCAAUCACUACUAUAUCUGCACAUUCUCUGGACACUGUUCUGCCGGACAGAAGCUAACCAUCAACGUUGUCUCCUCGAGCACUGCCACCCCAACAACCCCAACAACACCUCCCACCGUCUCAGCCGGUGGACCUUCACCACCACCCACAUCAGGCGACUCCACGCCCCCCAACGCUGCCCCAUCUCUUGCGGCGGGCUUUGGUACUGCUGGUGUUGUUGCCGCCGUCUUCUCCGCCUUCUUCAUUUAGAUGAGUCAUUGUCAUGACUGGGU